AUGGGAUGUUUCGAAACGGCCGACUUCAAGUCCAGUGGAACUGGCACAGCAUGCCAGAAUAUCCACUGGCGACUGCUCACUCCAUUGCAGCAGCGUCACGAGACUUGCUUCUUCGAAGCGGGACAGUAUGUCUUGGUCAAUGUGUUAAAAGAGAACAUGGAUCAAGCAACAAGUCUCGUUCAGGCAUUCUCUAGCUGUCGAUGA